AUGAGUACGUUAAAAGCUAUAAUUGCCCCUUCAGUACUUGCAUCCAAUAUAAGCAAAUUAGCUGAAGAAACACAACGAAUGGAAUCUUUGGGUGCAGAAUGGAUCCAUUUAGAUGUUAUGGACAUGCAUUUUGUUCCUAAUUUAUCAUUUGAAAAAUAUGUACCAUUGUUAAAAACAUCAAAUCAACUAACUUUUCAUUUUGAAGCAUUAAAUGAAGAUACUGAAAGAUGUAUACAACUAGCCAAAGAAAUUAGAGAUAAUAAUUUAUGGUGUGGAAUUUCUAUCAAACCUAAAACCGAUGUACAAAAAUUAGUUCCCUUAUUAGAUACUAAUUUAAUAAAUACAGUUUUAGUUAUGACUGUCGAACCAGGAUUUGGAGGGCAAUCAUUUAUGCAUGAUAUGAUGGGAACUAGUAUUUUUAAUGCGGAGGACCCAAAAUAUGUUAUUGACACAAUGAGAGCAUCAGUCCAGAAAUAUUUGAAAAAUUAA